AUGGCUGCCAGACAUUUGCUGUCCGUGGCAGUUGCCCUGAAUUCAAGUUUGUGUUUGGACAAACUGUUGGACCGCAGCAGCAACGGAAACAUGUCGAACGAAACUAUCUCAUCUGGAGAGAUUUCAUCCGGAGAUCAAGCCGCACCCGACUUCGAUCUUUCAUUCGGUAUGGCAUUCGUCGUCUCGCCAACAAUUUGCGUCAUCGGCAUUGUCGGAAAUGCUUUCGCCCUGGCAGUUUUCAGACGAUAUAAACGGUCGUCUUCGGCCCAUUUCCUUCUGAAGGCUCUCGCAAUAGUCGACAUGGGAUUUCUAUUCAAUAUGCUUCUCUUUGACUUUGUUCAACAACUUUUCUACACCGCAUACUUUGACGAGACUGUUCAUACUCGUAAUUUCGGCAAUGUUCUAUGGGUGACUGGCGUCUGUAUCUAUGUCUUUGAGCUGGCGACGGUAUACAUGAUAGUAGUGAUAACCAUUGACAGAUUCAUACACAUCCGCUUUCCAAUGAAGGCACAGAGAAUGAACACCCUCCGUAACGCCAAGAUCGGAGUGGCGGCCAUCACGAUACUGACUAUCGGCAUGAGCAUUCCGGAAUUCGGUGAAUAUUACAUGUAUCAAGACCCUUGCAGAGAGGCACCAUAUUUUACGGUAGGAGAGCGGGCGUACGGACAAGACCACGGGUAUAUCAUCGGGUUCAAGGUCGUGACCGUGACCUUAGUUUACGAUGUCAUUCCGAUGUUCUUCAUCAUUCUUCCGUUGAAUGUUGUUGUACUGACCAGUUUGAGAAAGAUUGUCCUGGCCUGUGAACGGAUCAACUGCAUCAAUCAUGUUUAA